CACUUUGUUAGAAACUGAUGAGAAAAUGUGGAAAGUUUUUGGAGAAAAUGGAUUGAGAAUGAUGUUUUGGUCAUUGCAGCGGCUUUUGUUGAUCAUACUACUAUUCCCAUGUCACUUGCAAUUGCAUGCUUUCUAUCUUCCUGGCGUUGCCCCUCGCGAUUUUCAAACUGGCGAUUCUCUCCAUGUUAAAGUAAACAAGCUUUCAUCCACGAAGACACAACUGCCAUACGAUUAUUACUUCUUGGCCUAUUGUAAACCUCCAAGAGUUUCCAACAGUGCAGAGAACUUGGGGGAAGUUCUCCGAGGUGACCGCAUUGAGAAUUCUGUUUAUACUUUCAAGAUGAGAGAGACAGAGUCCUGCAAGGUGGCUUGUAGAAUCAAACUUGACGCUGUUUCUGCUAAGAAUUUCAAAGACAAGAUUGAUGAAGAUUACCGAGUUAACAUGAUUCUGGACAAUCUUCCUGUGGCAGUUCCUCGGCAAAAAGUGGACAGAAAUGGAGAAAAAUUUUAUGAACGUGGAUUUGAAGUUGGAUUUAAAGGAACAUUUGUGGGGAGGAAAGAGAGAAGUUAUUUUGUAAAUAACCAUUUGAAUUUCAAAGUUAUGUAUCAUGAGGAUGUUGAGACAGGCACUGCUCGUGUUGUUGGUUUUGAAGUUACUCCCCUCAGUACUAACCAUGACUACAAGAAGUGGGAUGAAGAGAACAUUCAAUUAACGACAUGCAAGCCUGGGAAGCCAACUGUUUUCGGAACUGACUCUGUACCUCAAGAGAUCGGUGCUGACAACGAAGUAGUUUUUACAUAUGACGUUUCCUUUGAGUCAAGUAAUAUCAGAUGGGCAUCACGUUGGGACUCAUACCUUCAUAUGAAUGGAGAUCAGAUCCAUUGGUUUUCAAUUAUCAAUUCUUUGAUGAUUGUGCUUUUCCUAUCUGGUAUAGUAGCUAUGAUCAUUAUGAGAACUAUAUACCGAGACAUUGCCAACUACAAUCAGUUGGAACAAGAUGAAGCCCUGGAAGAAUCUGGAUGGAAGUUGAUACAUGGAGAUGUCUUCAGGCCACCUGAAAAUUCCAGUUUACUGUGUGUGCAUGUUGGGACAGGAGUCCAAGUUCUUGGAAUGUCCCUUGUCACAAUGAUAUUUGCUUUACUUGGGUUUCUUUCACCUUCGAAUCGUGGUGGGCUAAUGACCGCCAUGGUUUUGUUAUGGCUGUUCAUGGGCUUAUUUGCUGGUUAUUCCUCCGCUCGAUUAUACAAGAUGUUCAAAGGAACAGACUGGAAAAAAAUGUCACUGAAAACAGCCUAUAUGUUCCCUGGUUUUCUUUUCGCCAUCUUUUUCGUGCUGAAUGCUCUAAUAUUGGGAGAGAAAUCUUCUGGAGCCGUACCGUUUCAGACAAUGUUCAUCCUGGUGCUACUUUGGUUCGGCGUUUCAGUACCAUUAGUCUUCCUGGGAACCUUCAUUGGUUAUAGAAAACCGGCACCUGAGGAUCCUGUUAAAACAAAUAAGAUUCCGAGAUUGAUCCCUUUGCAGCCUUGGUACAUGAAUCCUAUCUUCACCACACUUUUCGGAGGCAUACUUCCAUAAGGUGCAGUGUUUAUAGAACUCUUUUUUAUCUUGACAUCCAUAUGGCUGAACCAGUUUUAUUACAUAUUUGGAUUCCUGUUCAUUGUGUUCACCAUUCUUAUAGUCACUUGCGCUGAGAUAACCAUCAUACUAGCCUACUUCCAAUUAUGCUACGAGGACUAUCGCUGGUGGUGGCGAGCCUAUUUGACUUCCGGCUCUUCUGCAUUGUACCUUUUCUUGUAUUCCAUAUACUAUUUCUGUGCCGAGUUGGAGAUCUCAAAGCUGGUCUCAGGUAUUCUUUAUUUUGGUUAUAUGUUGAUUGGCGCUUAUGCAUUUCUUGUCGUCACUGGGACUAUUGGCUUCCUAGCAUGCUUGUGGUUUGUUCGGAAGAUAUAUUCUGCAGUGAAGAUUGAUUGAUCACCGCCAACAAUAAAGAUAAUCCCACGUCUGUAAAGAUUGAAUUAUUAUAGAUGUCAAAUUGUUGGAACUUGGACUAGAUAGAUCUUUUUCUUUC